AUGGGGACUCCUGGCACCCCCAGUGUUAACGUUCACGGCUCCAGCGCUCUCGAGCCAUCCUGGCGGUCAGGACAUGCGGACACAUGUGGUGGGGUGGAGGACAAUUUGAAUCACGCUCGCUGCACGGCCAGCAAGGGAGCGGCCCCUUACUCACAGCAUACGCGGUCGCAGCUGCAGCGGAGCCUGGUGCCGCCCGCUCCUGCUCCUGACUCACCGCUGUUCGCUCUCGCCGAGGAACAAGUCGGUCAGGAAGCCGCACCGCAGCCGUGGCUUUUAAAGAUACUGACUGGGAAGACGCCCGUGGAACCGGAGGUGGCGAUUCACCGGAUUAGAAUCACCCUCACCAGCCGCAAUGGGAAGUCUUUGGAGAAGGUGUGUGCCGACCUGAUCAGAGGCGCGAAGGAAAAGAAUCUCAACGUUCGGAUGCCUACCAAGACUCUGAGGAUAACUACAAGGAAAACUCCUUGUGGUGAAGGUUCUAAGACUUGGGAUGGUUUCCAGAUGAGGAUCCACAAGCGACUCAUUGACCUGCACAGCCCUUCCGAGAUUGUCAAGCAGAUCACGUCCAUCAGCAUUGAGCCAGGGGUCGAGGUUGAAGUCACCAUUGCAGAUGCUUAAAGCAACAUUUUUAAUAAAUUGAUAAUCAGUUGUUAAAAAAAAA